UUUCAUCUCCAGUUCAGAAAUCUAGGUUUCUAGUCAAUGUUGUCGAAAAUCCACUUCAAAAUGAUUAUAAAUAUAGUGUUCUUAUCACUGUUCUUUAUGCAAUCAUUUUGCAAAGCAGAAAUAUGUUCGCCUUCAGAUCCAAGCUGUCCACCGAGAGUGAUAGCUAAUACUAUAGCGGAAAUUAAGACGAGGCCAAGCAUUCUAGCCGACGAUGCUCUAGAUCAUCCGAUACUCCAUAAAAAAGAUAUUGUAGAGGAUGCACCACUUAUGGAUGACGGUUCAGAUUCAUCUAUCGAACUCGGCAAAACUCGUAGAGGAGUAUCUUGCUCAUGGUUGGAUGAUGAGAAAGUGAAUUGUCAAUGGAGUGAUACACCUAGCCGACGAGUAAACCACGGGCCUGGCCCUGUCGAUCGUGCGGAUUCGAGAAAAUAUUCUAAAGUCCGCCCAUGGCAUUGGUUAGAUCAAUUCGAAAGUCCUUUUUUCUAUCCUCCAGCAGGUCUUCAAGCUGAUGAUGAUCAUCGAAUGUUACAUGAAAAAGAUUUAAGAGAAGGCAUAAGCAAAUAUGAUACAUACUCUCCAUUUAAUGAAGCAAAAUGGAGUGAAUGGUCUCAACCUACGCGAUACACCUUAGAAGAUACUCUGAAUAACAUUUUAUCUACAUACGGGCUACAAGGGCGUCGUUUCAACUUACGACUUUCACAAGAACAAACUUAUAGACUGUAUAGGCUCAUUAGCAAUCUUGUUAAAGAGAAUAAUUGGAACGGAUAUCGUCCGGAUACAAUCACCCCCAAAAACGACCACAAUGGAAUUAUUGCCAAGAAAUGACUUGUCCAAGCCGACAAACUCCAAUUAAUAUAAACAAUGACCAAAACCAAGGAAGAGUAAAUAUAGGAUAAAAAAUUUAAUUAAAAAUUUAAAUAAAAAUAUAUUCUGUAUUAUUUGUGAAAAUUGUAAAAAAAA